GUUUCUAAGAACACAAAGAAAAACCAAAACUGUAUUAGAUUCAAUUAGGUUUAGUUGAUAUGUAGAGUGGAGAUAGAUUGCUACAAUUGAGCUCUCAGUUAGGUCAAUUAGGACCUUGAGGUUUUCUUUUGUCUAAACAUGGCUUGCUUUCUUUUGAAUGGUAAAUCUGGGCCCAGUGGCCCAACUCCAAUUCUAGAGGAAAUGCCUCUGCUCUAUACGACCUAUCUAGAGGAAUUCGCCAAUGAUAUUUUCACACAACUUGAUAAGAAGAGGCGAAGAGCGACUGUCUGUUUUUAGCCUUUUAUUAAGGCUGGUACCUUGUGGUCAGGUAUACAAACUUGAUCAAGUGCAAUGGCAUCUUGGUGUAGGAAGAUAUCAUGUCUCAAAAGAUUUAGCUCUUUCUUCAUGUAAAAACACAAUGAUUCAAAAUGCCAAGCAUUAUACCAGCCAUCAAGGUCCUCAAAAGGAGAUAUUUUACAUCUGUGGUCAGUAAAUCUUCUGUGAAGUCUCAAGAUGGGACGAAUAGAACGUAAUUCUUGGGAAAGGUUCUUGAGAAGCCGCCAUGGGAUCCUCGGUUCUCGGGAUCAAGUCUCCAGAUUGCCUGAAAGUGUGCUGCAACAUGUGAUAUCUUUCGUUCCAUCAUCAGACCAACGCCAGAUUCGUUUAUUAUCGAGGAAAUGGAGGCGACUUAGUGCACAAAAUGAAAAGAUGCUCUAUCUGUAUGGGUGCAGAUUAAAUGAGCAGGAAUUGUUGAGGGUUUUAGAGGAUGAUUUUCACUCAGCAGAGUUUCUUGUUCUAAAAAAAUGCCCAGGAAUGAGAAAACUCGAGCUUGUGAAUUUUAAGUUAAGGACUAUUGAGUUGAACUAUUGUGGAAGUUUGAAGAAUGUAGACCUCAACACACCAUUUCUUGAAACUUUCUAUUUUUAUGGACCUCGUGUCAGGCCUUGCGUGAUAGAGUUUGGUGUUAGCACACAACUUAGGACUUUACAUUUAGUUGGGGUUGCUAUUAACAACAUGAUGUUCAAGGAUUGCAACAAAAGCUUUCCUGUUCUUCAGGUCUUGACACUUAGUGGCUGUGAUAUUAAAAGUUGUAUUAACAUUUCAAGUAAUUCUCUUCGGACGUUACGGUUGUUGAACUUCAAAAACUUCGUGGAAAUUACCAUUGAUACCGCGAACCUACUUUCUUUCAUGUACACUGGCAGUACGAUAGUUCUAUUUGUAAGUAUGAACUGUCCCAGUCUCAUCUUAGCUCUGAUUGAGUUAAAUUCUAAUCGGUACCAAAGUCGUGAUGAGAUGUGGUUCCGUAGAUUGAAUCAAAUGCUUCAAGGUCUGAAGCAUACUAAAAAGUUGACAUUUGAUACUAAUUCUGACAAGAAUUUCAUAUUACCGAAACACCUUAGAGAAUCCCUUGUUCCUCCACUUGAUUUAAUCCCUAAUAAGAUAUAUGUAAGAAGAUCAAGGUCAAUGGAUGUUGUUGAGUUUGCUGAUGCAAUGCUUUGGAUGUGUCCUCGGGUUAAGAAGCUCAAGUUAUCUAACUAUGGUCUGCUACUACGGUUGGUUCAUAGGGAGUUAUUGGGAAACCAAGAGAUUUCAUGCUGCUUCUGUAGCUCGCAGCCUUUAAAAUGUUGGCGUCAUUCCGUGACAGAAUUUGAGCUACAGGAGGAACAGGAUCACAACAAAGAGGCGGGGAAGAAACUGAUGUCGUACCUCAGGGAAAAUCUGCAAGAGGCUGGAAACAAGGCUAUCGGAAUGCUUACUUUGAAAUUGCACUAGUCUUUUGCAAAGCAAAUUAAGUUGAAACAGAGUUUUUUUGUUUUUUUUUUUAAUAAUAUUAGGAGGAUGGCAGGUAGGUGUCUUUCAUACAGCAUACUGCCUUGGAUCAAAAGUAGACAACUUGCAUUGAUCACCUCCUUAAAUAAUUGUCGAACAUGAAAUCAUGUCUUAAACUUCGUGGAUUUGCCUA